GGCAAGCUAUCUGCUAAACACUUGCUAGAGUUGCUAGUUGCUAAACACUUCGUCUUCGACUGGCCAAGGGCCAAGCCAACCCCGUUGCUCGGAGCGAUGCUGAGAUCGCUCAUGAUCCGUGCGUUUCCUUUAUAUGUUAUAACCGCAACGCUUUAUAUAUAUACAAAGAACAUUUAAUAUGGACGUAAAUGGAACUGCGAGUACGAGUAUUACUGAAAACAGGAAGAGAAAAAAGUCGUUUAUGGUGCGGAGUCAGGCACGCAAUAUGGCAAAACACAUUCUUUUAAAAUGUGAAGAAGAAAAAAGGUUGAACAAAUAUACGUUUACUGUUAACCAGGCACUUGAUCGUGCAGCGUAUUACACAGGCCUGUCUAAACGUGUGCUAUCUAACAUAAAAAAAGAGCCUGUGGACGCGCAAGGGUGUUUGAAAUCUCCGUCUAAAAAAGGCAGGAAUUAUACGAGAAAGAACAUUCUGAAUGUGGAUAACUUUGAUCGUCAAGUAUUACAUCGGUGCAUCGAAGAGUUUUAUUUGAGCAAAAAAACCGUCCCAACCUGCAAAAAACUUUUGUCAGCUUUACGAGAAAAAAUUAAUUUCCCUUGGGGUGUGACCAGCUUGAGAGGGUUGUUAAAACGGAUGGGUUAUAAGUGGCAGAAAUGCCAAAGCAGAAGGAGAAUUUUGAUAGAGAGGACAAAAGUUUUGCAUGCUAGAUCAGUUUAUUUAAGCAAAAUACUUCAGUUUAGAGAGAGUGAUCGCCAAAUAUUUUUCUUAGACGAAACAUGGAUAGACAACAACUUAACAUUUAAAAAAUGCUGGCGAGAUGACAACAUUAAUGCAAAUAUAACAGAUAAAAGCUCCUCCAAUCAAUUGAUUUUAGUCCAUGCAGGAUCAAGCAGCGGCUUUCUAAAUGGAGCAAAACUGCUUUUCGAAGCUGGCCCAGCCACUGGUGACUAUCAUGGGCAGAUGGGUGUUAACUUUGAAAAAUGGGCAAAGGAAAUGUUAUUGCCGAACCUUCCUACAAACAGCGUUGUUGUGAUGGACAACAUGCCCUACCACAGCCUUCAAGAUAAUAAACCUUCAAAAUCCAGUACAAAACAGGCAAAGAUAGAUUGGCUCGCCAGGAAUAAUGUACAGGCCGAUCUUAGUAUGAGGAAAGACUACUUGUGUGACUUAGUUGAUUUGCAUAAAUCUCCAGAAAAUACUUUUAAAAUGGACGAAUUAUUAAAACGUCAUGGCCACGAUGUAUUGCAAUUGCCUCCCUACAUGUGCGAUUUGAACCCGAUACAGCUCGCGUUGGCAAAAGUUAAGAGGCUUGUGAGGGAACAAAAUGUUACCUCCGACUUUUCUUUAGCCAGAUUGAAGGAAGUAACAGAACAAGCCAUCAUGCAAGUCACACAGGCAGAUUGGCGCAGAUAUGAUGACCAUGUUUUAGUAUUAGAGGAGCUUUACUGGCAAAGAGAUGGCGUGAUGGAGGAUGUAAUCGACUCAUUCGUUAUUGAAGUACGUGACGAAAGUAGUACAUCAAACUCAUCAAGUUCAGAUUUUUCUGAGAGUGAUAGUGCCUAAUUAUUUUAAGCAAUAAGUAUAAUAAUGUAUGUUGUUAGUUUUUAAGUUACAUAUUUUUAAUAUGUAUUCUAGUUUGAAUGUAUUUGUCUACAGACUACAGGGCAAUAAUGGCCUGACAAUAAAUAUUCAGAUUCAAA